AUGCCGGUGCCCACCUGCCUGCAGCGCCCUGCUCUGAGUCCCAUGUUCAACACGAGCUGCGCCAUGGAGGCACCAGGAGAGGAGCCGCCUGGAGAUGGCACCGAGCCGUGGGUUGGUGGGCUGCACAACAGUAACAACAACGCAUCGCCAGCGGGCUGGCUGGGCCCCCGCAACGGCCGCCCUUUCUCACCCUUCGGUGCCCGAGCCCCCAGCACCGAGCCCAGCUACGUGGAGCGCGUGGUGCUGGAGCUCGUGGAGUCGGAGCGCACCUACGCGCGGGAUCUGCGCAGCAUUGUGGAGGGUUACUUGGGCAAGAUCAUCGAUGCGGAGGAGCCGUUGCUGCGACCGGAGCAGGUCCGCGCGCUCUUCGGGAACAUCGAGGACAUCUACGAGCUGAGCAGCAACCUGCUGCAAAACCUGGACAGCUGCGACAAUGACCCCGUCGCUGUGGCCGUCUGCUUCGUGACCCGGAGCCAGGAGUUUGAUAUUUACACCCAGUACUGCAACAACUACCCCAACUCGGUGGCGGCUCUGACCGAGUGCAUGAGGAACAAGCAGCAGGCCAAGUUCUUCCGCGAGUGCCAGGAGCAGAUGCGGCACGCGCUGCCCCUCGGCGCCUACCUGCUCAAGCCCGUCCAGAGGAUCCUCAAAUACCACCUGCUGCUCCAGGAGAUCGCUAAGCACUUUGAACACAAGUCAGGGGACGACUACGAGGUGGUGGUGGAGGCCAUCGACACCAUGACCUGUGUGGCCUGGUACAUCAACGACAUGAAGCGCAAGCACGAACACGCCAUCCGCCAGCAGGAGAUCCAGUCGCUGCUGCUGAACUGGAAAGGGCCAGACCUGACCACAUACGGGGAGCUGGUGCUGGAGGGCACUUUCCGGGUACAUCGCGUGCGCAAUGAGCGGGCCUUCUUCCUCUUCGACAAGGCUCUGCUCAUCACCAAGCGGCGUGGGGACCACUACGUCUACAAGAACCACAUCCCGUGCUCCUCUCUGAUGCUGAUUGAGAGCACGCGGGACUCGCUGUGCUUCAGCGUGGCUCACUACAAGCACAUCAAGCAGCAGUACAGCCUGCAGGUCAAGAGCGUGGAGGAGAAGCGCGUGUGGCCCCACCACAUCAAGCGGCUCAUCCUGGAGAACCACCAUGCCAUCAUUCCCCAAAAGGCCAAGGAGGCCAUCCUGGAUAUGGACUUGUUCCACCCUCCGCGCCUGCCCCGCUACAGCCCUGAGCGGCUGAAGAAGAGCUGGUCAUGCCAGCCCCUGGAGGAGCCGUCCGCGGAGCCACGCCAGGGCCGCCGGCAGUCGGAGCUCCUCCAGCAUCGGGACCACGCGGAGACGCUGCCGGACAGGCUUCACGGGCACAGCGGGCGCAGACAGUCGGAGCCCGCCAAGCAGAUCCUGCAGCAGCUGGGGGAGCAAGGUGAGCAGCCCCCGCGGGCCCAGCGGGCAUCUCACGGGCAGGGGAGGGCUGAAGGGACCCCUGUGGGGUGA